AUGAGUAAUGAAACUUACAAUUUUAACACAGAUUUUUACCUCGCAGGACUUUCUGAGGUUUCUGAAUUUAAAAUUGUACUUUUUAUUGUCUUUUUAUGUAUGUACAUAAUUACACUGGUUGGAAACAUUUUUAUCAUAAUGGCCUAUAACUUCAGUGUAAAACUCCAGAAUCCCAUGUACUUCUUUCUUGCUAACUUCUCUGUUUUAGAAAUCUUUUAUGUUUCAACAACUGUUCCCAAAUUGUUGUCAGAUCUCCUAUCAGAGUCUAAAAGGAUCUCCUUCUAUGGAUGCGCUCUUCAGUUGUAUUGUGUCUUGUUUUUAGCUGGCACUGAGUUCUACAUUCUUGCAGCCAUGUCGUAUGAUAGAUACAAUGCCAUAUGUCAACCACUUUUAUACAACAUCAUUAUGAACAAGGUAGGCUGCAUUCAACUCAUUGCCGGAUCAUGGAUUAUCGGAGCUUUAAAUGCCUUAAUACACACUGCGUUUACAUUUUCUGUUCCAUUUUGUGAUUCUCAUAAACUCAACAGCUUCUUUUGUGAUGUCCCUGUAUUAUUAAAACUAGCCUGCAAGGACACGUGGCUCAAUGAACUUAUCGUGUUCAUCUUUGGUGGUGGGAUGACAUCCGGUUCACUUAUAUUGACGGUAAUCUCCUAUAUCAAAAUAAUAUCAACAAUCUUGAGCAUCAGUUCAAUGUCCGGAAGGAAGAAAGCCUUUUCAACCUGCACUUCUCACCUAAUAGUGGUUACAAUAUUUUAUGGCUCAGUCUUCUUCAUGUACUUGAGGCCCAAAUCAAGUUAUGGAAAGGAUGAGGACAAGCUGGUGGCUGUCAUGUACACGGUUAUUGCUCCUCUGUUGAAUCCAUUUAUUUACAGCCUUCGAAAUAGGGAAGUUAAAAUUGCUGUUAAUAAAAUAGUUUACCGGAUUUUUGCUCCCACUAAAGUGAGAAACGAGAUGAGUAUUGAUGAGUAA